GAAAUUUCGAUUCAUCCAUCGGUUCAAUCAAACCAUUUGCGAGCAUUAUUUCUAAUGGUCGAUUACUUACAAAUUAGCAUCAAGCAAUUUACUCGUGAAAGUUUCGAUGUGAUACUCGUAUUGAGAUCAGUGCAUUAAAUUUUGAGAACUUGUGAAUAGAAUACAUUUAAUUUCAAGAUUAUCCCUCUUGCAUAUCGUAAAAUGGAUCGAGUAAUCAUGAAAGCGAUGGAUUCAACAGUCGACGACGAAGCAGAAAUAAUGUGUGAGAUCGAAAAACACAUUAAUCACAUUGUAGAGAAGAUGGAAGAUGAGGAAAUAUCUCUAGACGAUUAUGACGCCCUCGACAGCCCUCAAUUAAUAAGACUGAUAAAACAUCUGAGACAUGAAGAAGAAACAACAAUUGGCAUAUGCAGCGGGCCUGGAAAGGUUUUCAAACACGACUGGAUUCGUGAAAUCAUCACAAACUUCUGCCCCCAAACAGCGAAUCAACUGCAGAAAGAAUCGGAUGAAUCUACCACGUCCAUAAUGAGAGCUGCCAGACAUGGUAAUUUCCUACAUUUGCAGACAUUAUUAAAGAGUGAGAGGAAAGAACAAUUGAAUGCUGCUCCAGGGAAAACCAUAUUAAUUGCUUUACUCGAUGGUAUAAUUGCCUAUAAAUAUAAACAUAAUCCAGGCAGAGUACUUUUGGAAAAUUUAAUAGCAGACAAGGGAGUACUUGAAUCCAUAAGAGAUUCGUUUUUUCCACCAAAAGAAACAUCCGAGUUUCCAGGACAAACACCAGAUCAUUAUCAAUGCCUAGAAUAUAUUCUGAAAAAUGUUCCAAUCAACCAACUGGAUAUAAAUUUCGAAGACGUUAAUGGAAAUACAGCUUUGCAUUACGCAGUUGCUUGGCAAGAGGCAAAAGCUAUAGGGCUACUUUUGCAAAAUGGGGCUUACAUGUGCACAGAGAAUAAAAACGGUAUGAUUCCUUUGAAAUCAAUCAACCCAGAAAUCCUGCAACAGUACCUAGAUAGCUGCAUCUCAUCCAAUAAUUACCCUCCAGAGCACGCAGAUUAUCAGAUUACCAUAGAUUUCAAACUGUUUAUGCCACAACAACAACAGCUUGGGGGAGAAAAACAGGAAAACAUUUGCGAAUCCAAACCUGUGCUGAUAUUGCACGAAGAUUCCACAUUCAAUAAACUGCUCAGUCAUCCAGUUAUAACGAGUUAUCUGUGCUUGAAAUGGCACAAAGUUAGAAUAUUCUUCUACUUGAACUUGAUGUGGUACUUCAUUUACUGGUUUCUACUUAAUUCCCAUCUGUUUUGCAUUUCUUAUCAGGCAUCUCGUAAAAACAACACAGAUGACUCCGAUGGAACCACGAGCUUAUCGCUUGAUAAUAUUUGUGAAUUACCGGUUUCUCACAGCUGGCAAAUCUUGAUCAUUAUUUCUUGCUCAACACUUAUCUACAGGGAAUUGAAUCAGAUCUGGAAUCUACCAAUGACGUAUUUCAAAUUUAAAGAAAACUGGAUGGAACUAUGUUUGUUCGCAUCAACUUUCUAUUUCCUGUUUGUUGUGCACAACAGUCCAAUAUUGGCUUCUGCGAUGGUAUUGGUUUCGUGGUUAGAACUGGUGUUAUUGAUAGGUCGACAUCCUCUACUUUCCACUCAUAUUGAAAUGUUCAAAACAGUAUCGGUGAACUUCUUCAAAUAUCUGUUUCUGUAUUCUAUCAUGGUGAUUGCCUUCGCUUUCAGCUUCUAUAUCUUAUUUAGUGAUGCAGAAGAGCCCAGCAAAUUCCAAUUAAUCACCUCGUCCAUCUUCAAGACAUUUUUCAUGAGCAAAAGUGGAUUCGACACUUCGACUAUUCCAUUAAGUGAAUUUACUAUUUGGGCUCAAGUAUGCUCAAUCAUAUUCACCUUUACCAUAUCUAUCGUACUUCUGAAUUUGUUGAACGGGUUGGCUUUUGGCGAUACUCUGAAAACCCGAGACGCAUCUGAACUUAUAGGGAUAUCAUCCCGAAUUAAUUUCAUAGCCCAAGUUGAAAGUAUGACAGUGCUACACAUUUUAAAUUUCAUUGAUAAACUUUGUCAAUGGUUUUGUUGCUGUUCCUUUGGGAAAAAAAGUCGGAAAGGUUCUGAACGAGUCAGUAUUGAGGACCCUUCCUCCACCACGUCGACUUCUGGUAAACAAAACUCGGCUUCGUUUUUCACUAAAACUAUCUAUAACCGUAUUUGCCUGAGUUAUACUUUGAAGGAUGGUAAAAUCAAAAUUUUUCCAAAUCGUAAACUUCUGAGUCAAAUAAGAUGUGAUCGCAAGAUAAUGGAGAAGGCUGUUGAUAUUUUGAAAAGUAAACAAAGCAGCAAGACCCAAGAGAUGGCUGAAGUCUGUAAGCAAAUACUUCAAGAAAUUAAAACAGAAAUCAGCGCUAGCCUUUAUUACCCUCCUCGUGAGGGCUGUGCAGCUAAAGGGUCAAAUUAAUUUCCUAAGAUACCUACCUCAAAUGGUUGAAUUCUCUGUGUAGAUAAAUUAUAUCUACUUAUGUAAAAACAUAAUUUUAAGGCUGUAGUUCAGUUAUGUUAAUCUCUUCUGUGAAUUCAACUACUGUUAACUCUUUUGCAGUUAGAUGCCCAGAAUGCAAAUUUUAUAAAAUUAGAAUUAUCAUACUACAGAUUUUAUCAAUUUUUUGCAUUAAAAAUCAUUAAUCAUCGACCUCACUAAAAUAUACCCAUUUCUUCUUUC